AUUAACUACACUGUUCUAUAUAUAAAGAAAAUUUCACGAAAUAAGUUAAUGACAUUUAUUUAUGAGUUUAAGAUCACAUAAACACUUACUCACGUGGUAGUAAAAAGGCGCGAAAUCUUUGUCACAACAGUUUCAUUCAUAAACAUCAGUGACUUUUGAUGGAUACGUACCACUUUUCUGUGUUAUGCAUUUUACAUGUUAUUAGAAGUUUAAAAUCAUUAAAAUAUAACAUAUACUGUAAGUAAAUAUAUGUAAUGUAAUUGUUUAAUCGCAAGAUACUAAUUAUGGCUGAUGACAAGUUAAUAAAACAAGUGCACAGUACUUUUUCUUUGUAUGGCCUUGUCCUUUCAAGGAAGCUUAGUGUUUCACUUGCUAAAGAACUUUUAAAUGUGGAAGAAGAUAAACGCUUAUCUUGGCUAACACAAAUAGUAGAAAAAGUUUUAACCCAAAAUUUAAAUGAUCCACAUGUUACUGUUGAAAAUCUAAAAUUAGCAAUAGAAGAAUGUAUAAGACCAGAUACAUUGAAAGCUACAGAAACGGUAUUAAAUGUGAUAGAUGCAUUUGAUAUCCCAAAAAUUAAAUAUGAUUUAAAUAAAAAAAAAUUUAUUCUGUCAACUGUUGCACCAGACCUGUAUGCUGAAGCACAAUAUAAAUCUGAAAUUUUUAAAAACAGAUUUGAGUUGCUUUGGUAUAGAACUUUAAGACAUGAAUUAUUCAAUCCUCCCAGACUUGGUGAAAAAAAGGAUGAUUGGAUCGAGUUAGUACCAAUUGAACAUUUAUUAAGUGAAAGUAAAACUGGAAAUAUUUGUGUAAUGGGGCUUUUAACACAAUUAACAGAGGGUCAAUUUUAUUUGGAGGAUAUGGGAGGAACCAUUAAAAUUGAUUUACGAAGAGCAAAUUUUCAGGAUGGUUUAAUUAUGGAAGCUUCUGUAGUAAUAGCUAAUGGAGAUUAUAGAGAUGGUGUUUUAUAUGUAGAAGAAUUAGGAUUUCCACCAGCAGAAUCAUCUUAUAAUGCACGUGUAGACUUUGGUGAUGCCAACACAUUUGGUGGGCCUCACAAUCUAUCCUUAAAAUUUUCAGAAAAAUUGAAACAUUAUGAAGAAAGCAAUAAGGAUGGAAUGAUUAUUUUUGUAUCUGAAGUGUGGUUGGAUGAUAUCACUGUUUUACAAAAAUUCAGAACUAUGUUAGCAGGAUAUGCAGAAUGUCCACCUAUAGCUUUUGUAUUAUGUGGUCAUUUUUUAAGUUUUCCGGCAAACAUAACAAGUGCGCAUAAAUUAAAAGAAGGGCUUAAAGAUUUGCGUGAUAUGAUAAUGCAAUAUCCUAGUAUAAAAGAAUCUUCUAAAUUUAUUUUUGUCCCUGCAUCAGAUGAUGUAGGAUCACCAAAAAUUUUACCGAGAUCACCGCUUCCAAAAUAUAUUACUGAAAAUUUUAGGAAAAAUAUUCCUGGUGCAAUAUUCACCACUAAUCCAUGUAGAAUUCAGUAUUGUACGAAAGAAAUUGUAGUGAUAAGAGAGGAUAUUUUAACAAAAAUGUGUAGAAAUACACUUAAUUUUCCACAUACAGGGAACAUUUAUGAUCAUUAUGCCAAAUCAAUUAUUUGUCAGUCACAUUUGACUCCUCUAAGUCUUUCGAUAGUACCGAUAUACUGGAAACACGAUCAUGCUUUACAAAUAAACCCGACGCCAGAUUUGAUUGUAUCUGCGGAUAAAUUUGAGUCAUACGAAACGAAGCAUUCUAACUGUCACAUAAUUAAUCCUGGAUUAUUUCCAAAGAACGACCACUCAUUCAAAGUAUACGUCCCGUCGUUGGAUUUGAUCGAACAUUGUGCUAUUCCAAAAGAUAUGGAUGGGAUUUAAUUAUGAAUGCCAUUUAAAGUAUCAAAUAAAUGAAAUACAAAUGAGCGAAAUAUAACGCAGUACAGACUGGGCCCCGGCAUAUCUCAAUUCACUGCGCUGGAAGCAUAAGUUAAUUACUGGCCGUUUCAAUCAAACAUCAAUAUAAGGAUUAUAACUUCGUAGAACAACGUGUAACACAUUAGAUGCGAUAAUAAAAUGAUGAUGAUACAAUUCGUGAAUAAUUACAAUCUCGUGUAACCAGCUGAAACGCUCUAUCAUCUAUACAGAAGUUAAAGGGAACAAAUAUAUUUAAAAUAUAUAAUGAUCAAGACAAUUUCAUCAAAGUUUUGCGAUAGAAACGUUACUUUUAUUAUUUCGGAUCGCUCCAUUUCUUUCACGCGACUUUCACUCUUGUCUUGCACACACACAAUAAACAAACACACACACGCAUACUGUUUUUUUCUGUACACUAUGUAUCUCAGCAAUCGCAAACGAAUGCCGCACGAAUUCUUAAUGCUCCAAAUUUUCGAAGCUAACAAACUUUCAAUCGUGGCAAGCGAAUGCUAAAAUUUCAUUUACUUAUCAAACAUUCGAUUAGAGUGUGAACGUUAAAAGUGUUAAGAGUAACGCAGAUUAUAAUAAUAUGUAUAAUUGUGAAUCGUAAGAGCUACGCGCACUUACUUAUCGAAUAUAUUACAGUGCCGCAACGUAGAAAAAAAAAAAAAAAAAA